UCAGGAACCACUGGGCAGUACAUUUUGAACGCUCGCGAAGGCGAGACGCAUCGUUCGUUCGUUUGGUCAUGACGUUGUUGUUUGAUAUGAAGAUGACGCCUCUAUCAACCAUUUCGGCUAUAGCUGUUUUAUAUGUGUGCUACGUACAAGGACAGUCAGAAUGUACGACGCCGACUGGGAGUCCAGGGCAGUGCAUACCAUUAUUCGAAUGUCCAGCGCUGAUGGCGAUACUACGGAAAAAGGGGAGAGUCAAGGAGGACUUGAAACUAUUGAAGGAAUCCCACUGUGGGUUUAAUAAAGAAUACAAGCCUAAGGUAUGCUGUGAAAUAAUUGUGGAUGAGACAGAUCGUACAUGCUUCACACCAGACGCGAACAUUGGGACGUGUAUAAGUUUACACUCGUGCCCACAACUGAAAAACUUAUUACAACCACCGAUCACAGCAGAAAAAAUAGCUUUCAUACAAAACUCUAAGUGCGAAAGUCCAGAUCAGUACAGCGUGUGUUGUGGGUCCCAAAUUCAACCAGCUAUAAAACGAUCUGGAUGCGGACCCUCGAUAGCCCCUCCCGACCCUCGUACGGAAUGUUGUGGUCUCGAAACAUACAACGAAGACAAAAUUCUAGGUGGAAAUGCAACAGCAAUAGACCAAUAUCCCUGGUUGACAAUCCUCGAAUACCGCGGUGUCAAAGAUAAUAAGAUAAAACUGCUCUGCGGAGGAGCUCUGAUCAGUAGCAAAUAUGUUUUGACGGCUGGUCAUUGCGUUGCUGGACCAGUGUUGAGGAUUGGAACACUUGAAAACGUUCGUCUCGGUGAAUACGACACUUCAUCUGAUGGACGAGACUGUGUGUCAGCUGAAGGCGGUGGACUAGAUUGUACUGAUCCACCAGUCAUACUGCCGAUUGAAGAAAUCAUACCGCACAUGGAUUAUUCGCCUGAAUCAGUACUUAAAAGGAACGAUAUAGGUUUACUUAGAUUAAAGGAAGAAGCUCCAUAUACCGAUUUUAUCCGGCCUAUAUGUCUACCAUACAACGACAUCAUGCAGACAAGAGAACAGCAAAAUUUCGAAGUCGCCGGAUGGGGUGCUGUCAGCGACAAGAAGAGCUUCAGCAAUAUUAAACUCCACGUAGCCAUACCUUACAAACCUUUAAAUGUAUGUCAGAGAGCUUACGAAGUUCAAGGUCAUAGAUUAAAAUUAUGGAAGGGACAAAUAUGUGCCGGCGGGGUUAAGGGUAAAGACUCUUGUAAAGGGGACUCUGGAGGGCCCCUAAUGACUCGCGACGAGAGAAGGAUAUACCAGAUCAUUGGAAUCGUCAGUUUCGGCCCAACACCCUGUGGCAUGGAGAAUGUUCCUGGGGUCUAUACCAAAGUCUACGAGUACCUGCCGUGGAUACGAAGUCAUAUGAAACCUUGAUUAAUAGAAUAAUAUAAUUAUUAUAAUAAUAUAACAGUUAUAAUAUAUUUAUGAAGCUUA